UCCAUUUCUUUUGAAUAUUUGUUGUUUAGGUGUUUGUCACUAUAUGUUAUUGUGUUUUGAUGUCCAUCGACGUCAACUAAAAUUGAGCUAACUCCCCCUUAUAAUCAAAUAUUUAAUUUUCUCAUCGCAAUACAAAAAGUUUGAAAUCGCGUUUGCUAUGUGGUGGUGAAAUGUAAAUUAUUUAAAAUUUGCAUACUAUAAAAUAAUAAUGAGUAAAUAAAUAUACACAUGCACUGAAACCAUCAUAUAUGACUUUACAACCUUAAAAUUCAAUUUUCUUUAACUAAAACUCAUCAUAGUAUAUUUUCUUAACAAAAACUCAAUGACUUAACAUAUAUAUUUUAUUGCUUUUCCUGCCUAUAUUGUUAGAAAGCUCUUAUUAACUCUUCCACAUUGAAGUUAUCUACUCAUAUAUUUGCAUUGAUGUGCAUAAUCUGCCCUCCUUGUGCAUGCUAGCAUUCAACAUUCAAAUUUUCUAGCAAAUUCGUGAAGCACCACUACCAGUACCAGACUUAUGAUCUGUUGCUGAACAAAGGCAUAUAUUUCAUAAUUUUACUUUUACUCUGCCGCACAGUUGCAUUGCGUUGAUUUACGAUACAGAUGCCCUCAAACAGAAGCCACUAAGCAAGUAAAGGACAACGGGACAAAACAACCUUCCACCUGGCCUCUGUACCAGUACUGGAGUUGCUUGCUACUUUCAAUCAGAAAAGGCGAGCACUGAGCACGAGACUUCCAGAAGCUACCAACAAAGAGGAGCAUUCCAGCCGCUGUCUUUGAUUACAGAAGGAAAUGGCAGCGGACUUUCUAAUUUCAAUUGCCUCAAAAAUUGGAGAGUGCUUGGUCACACCAAUAGGAAGGGAGUGUGGCUAUUUGGUUAAUUACCAUUCCAACCUUGCAAGUCUUCAGCGUGAGAUAGAAGACCUUUGUCGCAAGAAAGAUGGAGUGCAGGGUUUGGUAGAUGCUGCCAAAAGGAACGGUCAAACCAUCAAACCUGAUGUUCACAGUUGGCUAAAGAAUGUGAACGACGACAUGGUCAAAAAAGUGUUGCAGUUUGAGGAUGAAAUUAACAAGAAAAGGCGAUGUGUGUAUCGAUGGAGCUUGAGUCGGAAAGCCUAUAAGAUUACACAGCAUGUUCUUCAGCUCCAAAACAAAGGAACGUUUGAAAAUGUGGCCCAUCCUGCACCUCCACCAGAGAUAGGGUCAACAUUCGAGAAAGUUUUUAAGGAUUUUAAGUCCAGAAUGGCAAAAAUGAAUGAGGUGAUAGAGGGUUUGAAGAGGGAAGAAGUACGAAUGAUCGGGAUUUGUGGAAUGGGGGGUGUGGGUAAAACCACAAUGGUGAAAGAAAUCAUCGUAAGAUUGGCAAAACUAGACUUGUUUGAUAAAAUUGUGAUGGCAACUGUGUCUCAAAAUCCAAGUAUUGAGACGAUCCAGUUGGACAUUGCAGCACAAAUAGGUUUGGAAUUGAAGGGGGAAUCCAAAUCCGGAAGUGCACUAAAGCUAUAUGGGAGACUCACGGUAAUAAAAAGGAUCCUGAUUGUAUUAGAUGAUGUCUGGACAGAGCCUAAUUUUGAGGAUAUUGGACUCCCUUCUGGAGAUGCUCAUAAAGGGUGCAAAGUUUUGUUGACAUCACGAGAUUCGGACGUUUGCAACAGGAUGGGAAGUGAACCAAUUAUUGCAGUCCCGACUUUAACAACAGAAGAAUCAUGGGAGCUCUUCAGAGAAAUGGUAGGCGAAUCCUUCGAUGAUCGUGAUUUACGUUCCGUUGCAAAAGAGGUUGUGAAUGAAUGUGGAGGUUUACCUAUUGCAAUUGUAACGGUUGGAAAAGCUCUAGUAAAGAAAAGCAAGCGUGAAUGGGAUGAUGCCCUUAAUCAGUUGCGAAAUUCUACCCCAGUGAACAUCCCUGGAGUGAAUGACAAAGUUUAUUCUAGCAUAAAAUGGAGUUAUGAUAGAUUGGAGAGUGAUGAAGACAGGUCAUGUCUUUUACUUUGUUGUUUAUUUCCAGAAGAUUAUGAUAUUCCAAUUGAGUAUUUGGUUCGAUAUGGGUGGGGUCGAGGAUAUUUUAGCAACUGCUCUACUUUGGAAGAUACAAGAAAUAGAGUGCAUUCGUUGGUUGCCCAACUACAAAGAAGGUUUUUGUUGAUAGAUAGUAGCAACAGGGAGACUACAAAAAUGCAUGACAUAGUUCGCGAUGUUGCCAUAUCGAUUGCUUCAAGAGAUCCACAUCGAUUUCUAGUAAGAAGUCAUGAUAAAAAUAAAGAGUGGCCAAAUUUAGCUACAUAUGACACAAUCUCACUGGUUGGCCAUCUAGAGAUUCCAGUUGGUUGCCCAAAACUUGAGCUUCUACAGACGAUGGAAGGAUGUUUUUCAGAAGGUAGCAUGGACAUCAUUUGUAAUGAGAUGAAAGAACUGAAGGUUUUAGCUUUGUUGGAUAUGAAUCGCCUAGGCUUAUCAAGAUCACUAGGAGUACUGAAGAACCUGCAGACCUUGUGCCUAGAUGGGUCUAAAUUUGAUGGCAGGUCUACUGAUGUUAUUGGGAGUUUGGAGAAUUUAGAAAUCCUCAGCUUUCGGAAUUGUUAUGACAUGCGUGAGUUGCCGAGGGAAAUUGGACGACUUCAACAGUUGAGGUUGUUAGAUACGACACGUUGCUGGAGCCUUAAGGUGAUUCCACAUGGUAUCUUCUCCAGCUUAUGUAGACUUGAAGAGUUGUAUAUGAUGUAUAGCUUUGAUGAAUGGGACCUUGGAACAGGAAGAGAAGAUGAGCGGAUGGCAAGCAUUUCUGAGGUGAUGUCUCCGUCUGAUCAUUUGAAGGUUCUAUCCAUAGAGAUGCCCCCCAAUGUCAUCCACUUGUUGCCAAAAGACAUAGUCUUGAAAAGCCCAACAAUAAAAUUCCAUAUAUACUUUGGAACUCGGGCAAUGGAAUUUUGGGAGAUAUUGCAUUUAAGUGCUGAAAGUGAUGCAAGGAAGUUCGAAAAUAGUUUGGUGAUUGGUGAAAGUGAUGCAAGGAAGUUUAUGGAGAGUCAAGCAGUUGGACUUAUGUUGAAAAAAUCUAAAAGACUGGCUUUGGGCAAUGUUAAGAAUUUCUCUGCCCUCACUGAUUUAGAGGAAGAGGGAUUUCAAGAUUUGAAAGUUUUGUAUCUUAAUCAUUGUCCAAAUAUCGAGUAUCUUGUAAAUGGAACAAGUGCACUCUUUCCUCCCAUACAAUCAGCUAGUCAGCUUCCGAAUAGCUUUUUGACCAACCUAAGAUUCCUUCGAUUGUCAUAUUGUGGUGUCUUAAAGUAUGCCUUUUCACUAUCAGUAGUGAGAAACUUGGUACAACUCGAGGAAUUAGAUAUUGGUGGAUGUCAUCAAAUGGAAGAAAUUGUGUCGAAGCAGGGGAGGGAACAUGAGGAGGAAGCCGAUAUGACAUCUUUCCAUAAAUUAACCAAUUUGAAUCUCCGGGGUCUACGGAGUUUGGUUGGUUUCUUCCAAGCCAACAAGCUAUACUCCAACCAAGAGGAAACAACGCCAAGGCUUGAGCAUCAAUCUGCAGGAAUAUUUGAAAAAGCAAUAUUUCCAUCAAAGUGCAUUUCAUGGUUUCCAAGUUUAGAAGAGGUAGUAUUGGAUCGUAUGAAGUUUGAAGGCGUGCUAUUUGAUCUGAAAAUCCAUAUAGUUAUGGAUGGGCAGACAUCUCCAACAUUUCCCCAGUUACGUAAGUUGAAGAUAUCCUUGUGUACGUUUACACACUUGUGGAAAAACAUUCCGUCUGGAUUCCAGGGCUUCCAAAAUUUGAGAUAUUUGUAUGUGAGUGGAUGUUCUGGUCUAGAUUAUGUGUUCUCGCAUUUAAUUGCCCGAAAACUUUUGAAUCUUGAAGAGGUAAUGAUAGGUGUAUGUCGGGACAUGGAAACUAUAGUCAGAAUCACAGAGGAAAAUGAAGAGGAGGCGACAAAAGACAUGAUUUUGUUUCCGAAACUGAACACAUUUGAACUAGUAGACCUGCCUCGUCUCACAAGUCUUUGUCCAGAGGGAUCUACAUUUCAAUGGUCAUCCACAAAAAAUAUGGACGUGGAUGGAUGUGACAAAUUGAAGACAUUGGGUGCUGUAAUUCCACAAAGAAAGAAGUUGGAGAAUAAGUCUCAGAAGGAUUCAACAAGUCCUGAUUUCAGCACUUCUCCAACACGUUCAUCAAAUUGGUGCCCUGCUGGAUGUGGAUGCGCACCGUAUUCAAGAGCAAACGCCCACCGCUCCAUUGAAAUAUUGCCACGUCCAAUCAAUUUGGAGGUUACACCAACUAAUCCUGAGGACUCAAAUGAUGAUGAUGAUAAUCUCGAAAAACUUCUUGUAAUUAACUGUAAUUCAAUGGAAGUGAUUUUCCAACUCAAGGGACCAAAGCAUGAAGAAAGUAGUCACUCCCUUGAAGCAUUCAAUAAAUUGAGGUUCUUGUGGUUACGUACGUUACCAAGUUUAACGCGUGUUUGGGAGACGGGUACUUCACAACCGAUGUUCGCAGGAAGCAGCUUCGGAAACUUGAAAUCGCUGUGGGUCUAUAGUUGCAACCGGUUGAAAUACUUGUUUUCUUCGUCCAUAGUCAAACUUCUUGCGAGUAUAGAGCACAUAGAAGUUGAGAACUGCGAGCAGAUGGAAGAAAUCGUUGCGGCAGAAGAAGAAGCAGGGGAAAUUAUUACAUUACCUAAAGUGGAGUCCAUCAAGCUUGGAAAUCUGCCAAAACUCAAGUAUUUUUGUGGCGAAGCUUAUACUUUGAAGUUGCCGUCUUUGGAGUUAUUGAAGGUUAUUAAUGUGCAAGACUUAAGGCCAUUUGAUUCUAAGCUUGUUGACACGCAUAAUCCCCGAUUGCAAGUAAACCCCGCAUUUCGACAGGAAUGGACAAGUAAGGAUGAAGAUGAUGAAAUAGACAGUGAGGAUGAAGAUGACGAAAUAGACAGUGAGGAUGAAGAUGAGGAUGAAGAUGACGAAAUAGACAGUGAGGAUGAAGAUGACGAAAUCAACAAUGAGGAUGACGAUGAUGAAAUCGAAGGCAAGGAUGAAAAUGACGAAACCAACCGGAAGGACGAACACAAUUGAUUGAUCAAGCACAAAGGUUAGCAUGUUUCCAUCUCCAACUUAUCUAUAUAGCACUCAAAAAAUAUUCUACCAUGUUUUAUAUAAUAUAUACAUACAUGUAUAGCACUUGAAAAAUUGAACAGUUUGGAUCUAAAACCACAAUCUGCUACCUGAUUCAUUUUUCCGAGGUAGCUAAUAGCAGUUAAGGUGUGAGGAAGAAGCAUUUCAGAUUACCAACUGCCUCAAGAGAAACCUUUAUCAGAAACACAUAUACAAUAAACAUAACCGUAGUGCUAAGUGGCUUAAAAAUUAAUUGAGUCCUUAACCCGCUAUUUUUGGAAACACAUAUACAAUAAGCAUAAGCGUUUCAACUUAUUCCAAUUUCAGUGAUUUCUAAUAUUCUCCAAUGCAUGCAGGAAAAGAGUUUAAAGAACGUUGUGGCUACCGCAAUUCGUUUACUAUAUCAUAUGUACAAACCAAUAAAAGGACAUUUGUUGCACCAGAAUUUCAUUCCAAAAAUACUAUUUAUGUUGCUUAUUUUAUGUACCAUAAAUUUCGAUUGCGAUUAUUACUGUUUGUUUCUAAA